AAGCUAAAACUCCUAUUUAUUUAUUUUUAUGAAGCGAACAUAAGAGAAUGAAAGAAAGAGUCUUAGAAAAAAAAAAAAAACAACGCACCGAAAUCUCAGAAUGCUGCACCGUUCAAUUCAUUCAAACAAAUUAUACCUAAAAAAAUUUUAUUCAUCCUAAUCUUUCUCUUUUAUUCUUCUUCCUCUUUUUUCUCUCUUCAAUUCAACAAUUCCAAUUUCAUCACAUUCCCCUUUUUUUCAAUUCUCAAAUUCGAUUUCCAAUUCCAACAAUCUUAGUUUCUUCACAUUGCGGUGAAUUUCCUUUUGAUUCAUAGUUGAUUAUUGAUUAACGUGUGAUUUGGUGGAAAGAAGGAUUAACAAUCGUUUUAUUUUGGAAUGGCUUUUGCUUGUGGUGGAAGUUAGUUAGUGUUGUUGAAUUUGUUGAUUUUCAUUUGCAUGUGUUUGUGUAAAAAUAUGAAUAAUAAUAAUAAUAAUAAUAAUCAGGUUGGUGGUGGUGGUGGAAAUGGAGAAGUGAAUAAUAAUAAGAUACUUUAUAUAGUUGUUAUUGAUGAUGUUGAGAAGAAAAUCAAAGAUAAAGGAAAAGAAUCGUUUCGUUAUACGCGUUCUGUAUUGCAGAGUACUCUGCAACUUAUGGGAUGCAAAGCUAGACACGCAUUCAAGAUCAGCAAAAGAGUUUUCGAAAAUACAAGGAGCGAUAGUUCUACUGAUAAUUUGAAGCCUGAGGUAGCAGUUUCAUCAGGUCUGAACGCACUCCAGGGAAAUUGUGUGAACAAAGCAGACUUAGGAAACCAACCACCUUUGGGGAAACAUAAAAGAACUAAGAGUAUACCAUUUGAGUUGUACAAAAUGCGCACAUCUGUAUUUGUUCGGAGAGAAACAUUUCUAGAUAUUGUGUGUGAUGGUCUGGCCGAGUACAAGUAUGUCGGUCCUAACCAGAGAGCAGACUUGAUUCUAGCCUGCAGACUCCGUGAACGCAAGGAAUCUGUGACUGUGCUGCUGUGUGGCACAAGUGGAUGUGGCAAAUCCACAUUGUCUGCAUUACUGGGUAGCAGAUUGGGAAUCACAACAGUAGUAUCAACUGAUUCUAUCAGGCACAUGAUGAGAAGUUUUGCUAAUGAGAAAGAAAACCCGUUGUUGUGGGCUUCUACCUACCAUGCAGGCGAGUGUUUGGAUCCUGUUGCUGUUGCAGAAGCAAAAGCCAAAAAGAAAGCAAAAAAGAUGGCUGGUGUGUCGCAAUCAAUUACCAAGGAUGAAGCAACCGAUGGUCAAAAUUCUAGUGCUGCAUCAGAGAUGGGUUCUGGUGCUGCUGAGCGUCCAAGUCCAAAACAAAUGGCUAUUGAAGGAUAUAAGGCACAGAGUGAGAUGGUGAUUGACAGUCUUGAUAGGCUAAUCACUGCUUGGGAAGAACGAAAAGAGUCUGUUGUUGUUGAGGGUGUUCACCUGAGCCUCAAUUUCGUCAUGGGGCUUAUGAAGAAACAUCCGUCGAUUAUACCAUUCAUGAUAUACAUUACAAAUGAGGAGAAGCAUUUGGAAAGAUUUGCUGUGCGUGCGAAAUAUAUGACACUAGACCCAGCUAAAAACAAGUAUGUGAAGUAUAUCCGAAACAUCAGAACAAUCCAGGAUUAUCUCUGUAAGCGUGCUGAAAAGCAUUUAGUUCCCAAAAUAAACAAUACAAAUGUUGACAAGAGUGUAGCAGCCAUCCACGCAACUGUCUUCAGCUGCCUUAGAAGGCGUGAAAUUGGGGAACCACUAUAUGAUCCUGUUAGAAAUACUGUCACAGUUAUUUAUGAGGAAUACAGAAAUCAAUGUGCAGCCAAUUCUUUGACCUCAAAAGGAAUGUUUCAAUUGAUUCAGAGAAAAGGUUCUUCAAGGAGUCUGAUGGCUCUAGUUAAUGACGAUGGUUCUGUGGCAAAGGCUUGGCCGGUCAAUUUAGUUGAUAGUAAUGGGAAGCCGAUAUGGGGUGAAGGACCGGAAAAUGGAAUAGGACAUCCAAUGUAUGGUCCCUUACGGAUCAGUAAGGCAGAGCCUGUAAAUCUUCAGUUUGGUUUUUAUGGAAUCAGUGCCUGGCCUACUGAUGGUGGCACUAGUCGUGCGGGAAGUGUUGAUGAGUCCAGAGCUGGUGGCACUAGUCGUGCGGGAAGUGUUGAUGAGUCCAGAGCUGAUGGGACUGAUACCGGUAGUAGAUAUGUAUCCUCUUGCUGUAGCUCACCUAGGAUGUCAGAUUGCCCCUCCAAGGAGCUUAAGGAAGACUUCUCGGUGCAUGGUAGCGAUGAAGAGAUUGAUGAUCAACUAGAUGUGGGCAGCGAUGAGGAUUUCAGUGACGACGGUGACAAAAGUGUCCAUGAUGAGGUUGGAUCUGUUGAUGAGGAAUCAACAAAGUCUGAUGAAGAGUACGACGAUCUUGCAAUGCAAGAUGUAAUGGAAAAUGGUUAUUGGUCCGAAGACGAUGAUUACGAGCUUAGGAGUAAGCUUGUUGAGGAGCUUGGAGCUAAACUCCAUGGAAAUAAGUACCAUCAAAACCUUGAUCAAUUCCUUAGAACUAGAAGUGAACCGGUGCCUCUAGAAAUGGCAUCUCAAGAACCAUUUUGCUCUUAUUCUUCUUUACUUGUUGAAAAGAGCGAGAGGAAAGUAACAUCAAAUGGAAAAACCAAAUUCAGAAAACGUUCUCUUAGUAUUCCUGCAUUAGGAAAGCAUAGUUCUGCUAUCAAUGAUCCAAUCCUUUCUGGUACUCCUCAAAGGUAGCACAGGAUAUUACCUCUUUACUACAAUUGUAACAACCAAACUGCUUUUGUUAUUUUGGUAGCUUUUGAUAAACUUUAUUUUACAAUGUCCCACAUGUAAAUACUAGUAAAGUGGCCAAUUUGUUUUUCUUGUUAGAUGUUAAUAUGAAUAUUAUCCAAAAAAAAUAUUUUAUAGUGUAAA